UUGUGUAUAUGAGUGUGUAAAAAAGGAGCCCGGAAUUGUGUGCGACGCAAUACACGAGCGCAUUUUGACAGUAGCUUAAACAGUCGUUUUUGUUGUACACUACUUAUAACAUAGUUUGGCUUUUGUGCGGCAACAACUGGUUGAAUGUGAGUGAACAGCAGCCAUAAAAAUUCAAGUCGAAUUAUUGUUUGUUGAACGAAGUGUGACGGAAGAAAACAUUCGGUUUGGACGAUCGCAAGAGAAUACAAAAAAAAAGAGACAACAAUUUAGUUAUUUCUUUAAUUUCAUUUAUUUUGAAAUUGCGAGAUAGAAGAGAGAAUUGUUUCGGUGGAAAAUAAGAACUAUUCAAAUUAAACUGACACACAUCGCAUCGAAAAUUUAAGUGAGUGAAACAGAGAGAAAGAGAGAGAGAGAGAACAAAACCAAAAAGGAACGAAAGAAAGAUAGACAGAAAAAAGCCACACAGAGUGAACGAUAAACAACAAAAUGCUGAUCGCGUGCAAGUGCCUGAACAUUACGCUUAAAUCGACGGCCAAUAAUUUGCCAGUAGCAGUAUCGAUAUCCAAUUAUGCAUCGCCGAAUGCAAACACCAUUUCAUCGUCAUCAUCACCAUCGGUCAAUCAACGCGAUAAUUUAGAGGACAAUCAUGAAGAGCAACCACCUUACAUACCGUGUUCCACGGCCGAAAAUCUCGAUAGCAAUCAAUUGCAAUUUUUCCGCACGGCCAAACUAUCCACUGCAUCUUUGAUUGCACCAGCAAUUCAACACAAAAAUUUGAUAAGUGUUGCGUUGAUUGAAAAUUGGAAUGUGCACACCUGCCGUCAUUGCAAAACAAUCACUCACGCCCAGGCCAAUGAUUCGGCAAAAACGCUAAUCAAUCCAUCGUUAUGGACUAACCAAGAGAAAAUCAACAUAAUUAAAACGCAAAAAUUCUUUUCUAAGUCAUUUAAUAUUUUACUAAAUCCGAAGUCAACCGAUGUUGAAAUGAUUGAUGCAACAAACAAUAUCAAAAAUAAGCAUGAAAAUAACGGCAAUAAUCGAACAAAACAACUGAGGCAAUAUCUAAAGAAUAUUAUUCAAUCCGAAACGGAAGCCACCGAAGACCGUAUCGAUCUAUAUACUAAACAACAAAUGGCCACUCUACGAGCAUUUCGAGAAAAAGCCGAACAAGACUAUCAAGACAUUUUACGGGCAAUUGAAGACGAUAUGUCAAUUAAAGGCAUUAAUAAUAUUGGUAAUAAUGAAUCAAGCAAUGAUACAACAUUGAUGGGUAAUUUAAGUGCAAAUUCAAAGUUGUUGUCAGAUCUGACGCCGCCAGUCACCCCAGAUAGUACGCCAAUGAGCAUUGGCAAUAGUCCGAAUUUCAAACAACAACCCCAAUCAUUUUUGUUACUCAACAACCCCAAUCAAAAUAUAGUCACUAAAAAACACGCAGAAAAGAUCAAACAUUCCACACCAGACAAAGUAUCUCAACGAAACUCAAAUGCUGACGAUGAUAUUUUCUUCGAUAUGGAUGGCUUAGAUACACGUGAUAGUAAAAUGCCACAUAUGACACAAUCCGAUGAUGAAGUUGUUGAUGAUGAUGAAGAGUAUGAAGAUUCGUAUGUUAGUCGGAAUAGCGGAAUAAAAAUUACGCCGACUGCACGAAAAACCAGUUCAAAAAUGUAUGUUGCACAAAGUCUUCCGAUGGCUGUGCCGAUUUUCAAUCAACGCAACGAAGACGACUACGAAGAGUAUCCUGAUCGACAAGAUAAUGUUGAUAUCGCUGCCAGUAUAAAAGCUUUAGCACAGAGUGUACAUGGCGAAGCAAUUUUUGGUGAUUUGCCGAAGCCACGAUUCAGCACUCAAAUCUAGUGUUUCAACAAUCGAGAGACUAUAAUGUUUUUUACAAAUUCUUUUUUCUAAUUCAUAUAUAAUUACUGUAGACGUUUAAGAUGAUGGAAAACGAUAAUUCUAAAGAAAAUCCUCAUUUUUUCAUCAAUUCACAACAUACACAAUUCAUAUAAAUGUAAUAAUCGUUUUCUCUUUAUUAAAAAAGGGAGAGAGAGAGAGAAGAAAAAAACACUUUUGUUCGAUAAAAAGCGAGUGAGCGAUACAGAUUCCUAUUUUAAAAAUGAUUUAUACAAUUUUUACCUUGUAACUGAUAUACCUAACAAAUGAUAUAAGUACCGUUGAUUGGAUUAUUUCGAAUCCAUCGUGCGCUACGAUGCAACACAGAAUCCAAAAUGAAAAUGUCAAAAAACUGAAGUAAAUUGUUCUCAAUUUUUCCAUUUUAGAUUAUAGAUGAGGUGUAAAUGGGAAACUUUCUUUGAGUUUGUGUUAAAAGAGUAUAUUUUGUUGAGAAUUGUUGUCCAAGUUAAUGAAUGUGAAUUCGAUUUGAAUAAAUUUACAGCAAUAAAAAAAUAAAGUUCAAAUAUAAACGACGAUUGCCAUGUUAAAAAGUACAUAAACAAAACUCGAAUUAAAAUUGAAAUGCAACAAAAAAUGUUUUGUAUUAAUUAACGAGAAAAAUACAAACACAAGGAGAUUCCAAGCAAAAUAAACAAUUGCAUCGAUAUAAGUUGUUGAUUUUAUCCCAUUUAAAGAACUCGUUGUACCAAAUCACGGCUCUAACUGAAUCAAAACAGCCAAUUCGAUUGUAGUUUUUUUAUAUUUUUCAUUCUCUUGGGUGCGAACACAAAUUUUCGUGCACCAAAAUGAAGUCAUAUUUUCUAUGUAAAAGAGACA